AUGCCGGCCAUGGUGGAGAAGGGCCCCGAGGUCUCAGGGAAGCAGCGGGGGAGGAACACCGCGGCCGCCUCCUCCUCCUCCACUGCCUCCGCCUCGGCCGGCGCCUCAGCCGGUGCCUCCGCCUCGACCACCACCGCCUGGGCCGCCGCCGCUGCCGCCCCCAAUAAUGGUCAGAAUAAAAGUUUGGCGGCGGCUGCGCCCAAUGGCAACAGUGGCAGCAACUCCUGGGAGGAAGGCAGCUCAGGCUCCUCCAGCAACGAGGAGCACGGUGGCGGCGGCAUGCGGGUCGGUCCCCAGUACCAGGCGGCAGUGCCCAACUUCCACCCCGCCAAACUGGCAAGGCGCAGUCAAGAACGAGACAAUCUUGGUAUGUUGGUCUGGUCACCUAAUCAGAAUCUGUCAGAGGGAAAACUGGAUGAGUACAUUGCCAUUGCCAAAGAGAAGCACAGCUACAACAUGGAGCAGGCUCUUGGGAUGCUCUUUUGGCAUAAGCAUAAUAUUGAAAAAUCACUGGCUGAUUUGCCCAACUUUACCCCCUUCCCAGAUGAGUGGACUGUGGAAGAUAAAGUCUUAUUUGAACAAGCCUUUAGUUUUCAUGGGAAAACUUUUCAUAGAAUCCAACAAAUGCUUCCGGAUAAAUCUAUAGCAAGUCUGGUGAAAUUUCAUUACUCUUGGAAGAAGACGAGAACUAAAAUGAGUGUGAUGGAUCGCCAUGCUGGGAAACAAAAACGGGAGCAGGAAGAGAGUGAGGAUGAACUGGAAGAAACAAAUGGAAGUAACCCUAUUGACCUUGAGAUUGAUCAAAACAAGGAAAGCAAGAAGGAGGUUCCCCCUACUGAAACAGUUCCACAGGUCAAAAAAGAAAAAUAUAGUACUCAAGAUAAAAAUAGAGCAAAAAGGAAACCUCCCAAAGGAAUGUUUCUUUCUCAAGAAGAUGUGGAGGCCAUUUCUGCCAAUGCCACUGCUGCUACCACUGUGCUGAGACAGCUGGACAUGGAGUUGGUCUCCAUCAAACGACAGAUUCAGAAUAUUAAGCAGAUGAACAGUGCUCUUAAAGAAAAGCUUGAUGGUGGAAUAGAAACUUACUGGCUUCCAGAGGUCAUUCAGAAAUGCAGUGCACGUUGGACCACAGAAGAGCAACUUCUCCCUGUACAAGCCAUCAGGAAAUAUGGCCGAGAUUUUCAAGCAAUCUCAGAUGUGAUUGGGAACAAGUCAGUGGUACAAGUGAAAAACUUUUUUGUAAAUUAUCAACGUCGCUUCAACAUAGAUGAAGUUUUACAAGAAUGGGAGGCUGAGCAUGGUAAGGAAACCAAUGGGCCCAGUAACCAGAAGCCUGUCAAGUCCCCAGAUAGUUCUAUCAAGAUACCUGAGGAGGAAGAUGAGGCUGCUUCUGUCCUCGACGUCAGAUACACACCUGCCUCCUGAGGACUGCAGGUAGCUUUGAACACUUGUGUGGACUACAUAUUCUCCAGGACAUCAGGUAUAACAGGACAGCACCUAGCCAUCUGCAUCACAUCUCUGUGGACAAGCAGCUAUUACCAAAAAAGGCGUACACUUCCAGUCCUGUGCUCCAUCUGCCUUAAUUCUCUGCUCGUUCCUUCAUGUUGGCACGACUUC